ACAAAAGUCAGUCACAGGUUAUAUAUAUAAAAAUAUAAGUUAUGAAAGAUCAGAUCAGCGGAAGCAAAGUUGGGAGAAGUUUUCCUGUUUUCAAGUGAAAUAGGCUGAGUCCCAAAUAACUAUCUUCCCCUCAGAUACUAGAAAUGGAUGCUGAGACAGUGGUGCAUACUGGAGGUUGCCAUUGCAAGAGUGUGAGGUGGAAAGUGGUUGCUCCUUCAAGUGUUGUUGCAUUGGACUGCAACUGCUCUGACUGCUCCAUGAGAGGCAAUACUCAUUUUGUUGUGCCUGCUGUCAAUUUUCAGCUUUUAGGGGAAUCUUCCAAGUUUAUUACAACUUAUACCUUCGGCACUCACACUGCAAAGCACACAUUCUGCAAGAUCUGCGGUAUAAGCUCGUUCUAUCAUCCGCGGUCGAACCCGGAUGGUGUUGCGGUUACUUUCAGGUGUGUGGACCCUGGAACAUUGACACACAUUGAAAUAAGGAAGGCUGAUGGCAAGAACUGGGAGAGCUGGUUUAAUCAGUCAGACAUCUCUUCAUUUUCAAAGGUUCAGAAGUAACUCCCUACAAGAACUGGGACAUAGAUGAGAUCAAUAGGGGAGUGGAUCCUCUCCAGUGAAAAAAAUAUUAAAUGGUAUGCAAUGUUUAAUCUAAUCACACUGGAUUCUGUCAAGUGUUAAAAAAACUGGAAGAUAUUUUUCCUUCCACUUCUUUUAUGCUUUUGCAUUACUGUAUGUAAGUGCCCGCAGAUACUUGAACAUUAUGAAUAUCUGGGUGUGGAUUUGGCAUCCCAAACCAACAUGCUCACAAUUGACC